GUUUGAAUUUUAAACGACAAACCACUCGACAACAGAAACGCGUCGCUCUCUCUCUCAACUCUUAUCCUCUUCCUCUCCAUCUCCAUCGCUCUUCCUCCUCUGAUCACUACUCUAUUCACCAUGCCUACUGCCUUAACAUCUCUCAAAAGAUCACGACCGUCCAUCAAACAACUCUACCUAAUCCAACGGCUCCAUUCCCGCCACCUCUCCACCCCAUCGCAACCCAACACUCCUCUCCCUCUGAUAACUACCUCCACGUCCAACACUGACAAUCACACAAGCAAGACUCUUUCUAGAUUGUUCUCUGGUCUCGCUGCAGGCUCCACUUUUGUCUUACUGUACUGGUCACUCAACGAUUCCAAACCGACGCAGUUUUUCUCCUUCGCUGACUGGUCAACGGAGUCGAAGGUCAAUGAUCGGCGCUUGAUUUCUUUCCUUCCCAAACUAUCCUUACCUGAUUAUAGCUCUAAUUACAUUUUCGGAGACGCGUUUAGGAGAAAAAUUUUCUUUAAUUACGAGAAGAGAAUAAGAUUAAGGAGUCCUCCCGAAAAGGUUUUCGAGUACUUUGCGUCUUUAAGAACUCCAGAUGGCGAGGUGCUUAUGACACCGGAAGAUUUGAUGCGGGCGGUUGUUCCUGUUUUCCCUCCAUCUGAAUCCCAUCUUGUUAGAGAUGGAUACUUGAAAGGGGAAAGGAAUCCCGGCGAGUUAAGAUGCACGUCUUCGGAAUUUUUCAUGCUAUUUGAUGUGAAUAAUGAUGGCCUCAUAUCUUUCAAAGAGUAUAUCUUUUUCGCUACGCUUCUCAGUAUCCCGGAAUCAAGUUUUUCUGUGGCUUUCAGAAUGUUUGACUUUAAUAAUAAUGGGGAAAUAGAUAAGGAGGAGUUUAAGAAAGUGAUGGCAUUGAUGCGAGCUCAGAACAGACAAGGGGCUGUCCACAGAGAUGGGCUUCGACCAGGGUUGAAAGUUCAUGGUUCCGUGGAAAAUGGAGGUUUGGUGGAGCACUUCUUUGGAAAAGAUGGAAAGGCAAGCCUCCGACAUGAUAAAUUUAUUCAGUUCAUGAGAGAUUUGAACAAUGAGAUAUUGAGAUUGGAAUUUGCACACUAUGAUUACAAAUUAAGAGGAACCAUAUCCGCCAAAGAUUUUGCCUUGUCCAUGGUUGCUUCUGCUGACAUGAGUCAUUUAGGCAAGUUGCUUGAUCGGGUUGAUGAAUUAAAUGAUCAGGCCAACCUUGGUGGCUUACGCAUAACAUUAGAGGAGUUUAAAAGUUUUGCAGAGUUGCGUAAAAAGUUGCUGCCAUUUUCUUUGGCCCUUUUUAGUUACGGCAAAGUAAAUGGCCUGUUAAUGAGGGAGGACUUCCAGCGGGCUGCAUCACAUGUUUGUGGAGUUUCACUCAGCGACAAUGUGGUUGAAAUCAUUUUCCACUUGUUUGAUUCAAAUCAUGAUGGAAGUCUAAGUGCAGAUGAGUUCGUGAGAGUUUUACACAGAAGGGAAAGGGACAUUGCACAGCCAGUGGAAUCAGGACUCGCGGGGUUUUUGUCUUGCUGCUUUAACCGUGCAGCUAACAGCCCCAUUGGACGGUUCAUUUCCUAAUCCACAUUUUGGUUUAUGAUCCCCAAGUAGGCAGCAGGAUGAUUUUUUAUGUGUUGAAUGGUUGGCUAGAACUUUUGGAUUGAUUUCACAGUUGAAGAACGUGUUUAGAAUUCUAACAAGCUGGGGCUGUCGAUAUUCAUGUUAACCUGUGCAGAUUAGAAAGGAGUUUUGCUUAAGAUGCAGAGAUUCACUUCUUUA